AUGAUCAUACACACUUCAGAAAUAGCUGGAUCGACUACUGUAGUAAACUUCCUUCCAAUUUUACGGUAUAUUCCACGAUAUAAUGUCGUUGAUAAAUACUGUGAUACCAUAAACAGUAUAAUAGACUGGAUUCAACUCAAUAUUGAUGAACAUAGUAAGCACUUUGCAGUGAACUCUGAACCAAGAGAUUUUGUGGAUGCUUACCUGGCUGAGCUGAAAAGCCGUAAGAAAAAACAGUCAACAUCAGUUGAUAACAAUAACCUAAUUCGAACAGUUGUUGAUUUAUUUGCGGCCGGUACUGAAACAACAUCGACCGCACUGAGCUGGUCAAUACUAUAUUCGGCAUUGUACCCAGAUAUACAGAGCAGGCUACGGCAAGAAAUACUCGAUGAAAUUGGCCAAUCACGUGACGUCACAAUGGCUGACAGACACAAACUACCUUACACAGAGGAUGUUAUUGUGGAGGUGAACCGUAUCAGUUCCAUCGUCCAUUGUCUCUACCUCAUGUCAUCACCGAUGAUGUCACAAUGGGAGAUUUCCUUAUUCCGAAAGGUACGAUGA